AUGGAUUUGUCAUCUCCUUCUUGGCUUUCUUCAUAUCUUCUCUUAAACAACUACCUGCCUCCCCCACCCCUUCCCUUUUUCCCUUCUUGCGACGACUCACAGAGAUUAACUUUUAGAAGAAUUAUUCAAAAGGGAACUACAGGGGAGUUCUCUUGCAUCCCCUAUAUUACUGCUUUAUUGAACUGUCUGAUUUGUGUGUGGUAUGGGUUGCCUUUGGUGAGCAAUGGCUGGGAAAACCUUCCCCUUGUCACCAUCAACGCUGUGGGGAUCUUGCCCGAGUUAUCUUUCAUCUUCAUCUAUCUCUGGUUUGCUUCACCAAGAGCAAGGAAACUGGUUUCAUUGAUACUACUACCUGGGAUCAUUGCGUUAUGCAGUGGUGUGGUAGUUUUGUCAAUUACAUUACAAGAUCGCCAUCUUCGAAAGGCCAUGGUUGGGAGUAUUGGACUAGUUGUCUCUAUUGGAAUGUACAGUUCUCCUCUUGUUGUUGUGAAGCAAGUGAUCGAGACAAAGAGUGUGGAAUUCAUGCCUUUCUACUUAUCGUUCUUCUCAUUCCUCACCAGUUUACUUUGGAUGAUGUAUGGGAUAUUGAGUUGGGAUAUUAUGCUCACGGCUCCUAAUCUGCUGGCUUGCCCAGUGGGUCUUGUCCAGCUUGUGCUAUACUGCAUGUAUAGGAAAAAUCAGGGAAUUCCUGAAGAAAGAUACAAGUUGGAUGUAGAGCACAAUGAAACAGAUUUAGAAUCUCAGCAGCCAUUGCUCAUUGAUUGUAAUAACGAAAAGAAAAAGUUUGAAGAUUAAGGUCUU